AUGUCUCCAGCACCUAGUAAUCCACUUGAGCAAGUAUCCAAAGUGCUUCAACCCACUGCCACCGUCUCUAUCACCGAAAAAGUGGCAGUGCUUCAAGCAUUCUCUGCAACAUUGACUGAGAACCUUAGUUUGGAGAAGUCAGCAGAGAUUUUACAAGCUGUACCUCUUGGCUUGUUUUACUAUGGAUUCUCUGUCGAGGACGAUCAAUUAACAGCCGUAUUAUGUGAGCUUAUCAGCAAGCUAUUGCAGCCUUUUACCUACGAACAGAUUGUAUCUGCAGAGAACAAGGAAUACUUAUUGCAAGGAUUGACGCAUUUCACGCCUGACAUUCGUUAUUUAUCAUUGCAGCAAGUGUUCAAGUGUUUAGCAUCAGAUGCAUUUGUAGCCAAUAUGGUUGAUUCUGAUAUCUUUCCUUUGGUGCUUGCCACAAUUGCAUUUCAAGAUGCUCGCACUGCGAAUAAGGCCAGUGAACUCCUGUACAAGAUUUCAGCAACGCCAUCAGGACAAGCUGCGUUUUUUGGUCCUACUUGUACUGCCAUGUUGAAACAAUUGUUGCAAAUCAAUGGUGUCAUCAGUUUCCGAGUCUACGAUUUGAUCAUUAAAGUAGCCACGUAUUCAGACAGCACAUUUGACGCUUGCGAAUCAUCUGGCCUUUUAUCUGUAUUCACAAAAGAGCUUCAAUCAGACGAUCUCCUUGUAAAGAUAAAUGCAAUUGAACUCUUGAACGAGAUUGCAACUACUUCUGCCGGGUUAUCCUUUUUAGAAAAGGCCAAUUUACUGGAUAGCAUUGCAACAAUUCUAGACAAUCCUGAUGACUCUGAUGUGGUUGUACAAUUAGUAAAAUGCGCUGUCAUCAAGUUUUUAGGUAAUCUCGGUGAAAAAGAGCACAUUGAUUUUGAGCCCAUGUCUACCAAAUACCAUAUCAUGGAGAAAAUUCAAAACUGCCUCGAAACACAAAAUAUUGAAAUUCUGAUUGUCGCAAUUUCCACAAUUGGGCUUGUUGGAUCACAUCCCUCUGGAUUGAAACUCUUGUCAGAUUCGCUAUUGACAACAUUCUUUUCGAGAUACGAAACUGCUGUCGGUCAAGUCAAGGCUGUGUAUCUUCAAAGCAUGUCCAAAAUACUGUCUGUGAGGGAUGGCACAGAACAAGUUGAAAGAACAACAAUGGAAAUUUACAAUAGAAUUCAAGGAAGACCCUCCACUUUAUUAAGUUUAAUUAAGGAGGCCAAACAGCCUGAAGAUGGCAUUCGUGUUGCAUCCUUUGCUGUUAUGCAAGCCGUUGCAUAUCAUGCCUGGGGUGUUCAGUUGAUGGCGCAAUCAAACGAAUUCAUGAAUUAUAUUUUGAAUAGAUCAACAGAGUACACCGAGCAAGGACAGAAUUGGAAAUAUGCCAUUAUCCAAACAUUGGCCUCUGCACCUGACGCAGCGCGUGUUUUGAAUGAAUAUUAUGCUCAACUUCAGAUUUAUGUUCGUCAAGGUGCUCAUUUCAAAAUAUUGGAACCUGCUGCAGCAGUGAAGAGCAACUAG